CAUUGUCCAAAAGGGGAGAAAUAACCGACACUAACCCAUGCAAAAUUGAAAUUCCAACAGCCACGACGCCCCCCAAUACGACAUCGUCGUUUCAAUUCCUUCUUUCUCUCUCUCCCGCACACCAUCUUCAGCUUUUCCUUUUUAUGCACCCAUAGAUCUUAUCUUGCUUCACUUCUCAUCGACAAAUUCAUCUCUGAUAAUUGAUUUUAUUGAAUAAAUAAUAUUAUUAAUAAACAAGGAGAGCUGGAUCCGUCACAGGAACCAGCGCAGUCCUUGAAGGCAACCGCCGCGGCUAACGGCCAGAUCCGUUAUCGCACCCCUUCCUCUGCUGAACUCCUUGAGACCGGUGCUUCAUCUGGCGCCAUUUCUCCCACCCAUUCCGACCACCUCCUUCACCAAUUGCCGUCUGAGAAGAUGAAGCGCCCGGUGCCGCGGCAUGAGUCUGUUUCUGACAAGAUCCAUAGGCACCGGGGUGUUCUCUUGGUCAUUUCGAUCCCGCUCCUCUUGAUCGCAUUUGUCUUGUUUGUCGUGCCGAGUCGUUCCCCGGCGGCCGUCUUGGAUGAGUACGAACUUAAUAGCCGGAAAAUGUCGCCGAAUUUGAAAGAUGCCAAGAGAUACGCGGUUAUUUUUGAUGCGGGAAGCUCGGGGAGUAGAGUGCAUGUCUAUUGUUUUGAUCGAAAUAUGGAUCUUGUUCCCAUUGGGAAAGAUCUCGAGCUUUUUGUUCAGAUUAAACCAGGUUUGAGUGCAUAUGCAAGUGACCCACAGGCUGCAGCUAAUUCUCUUCAUUCGUUGCUUGAUAAAGCAGAAAGUGUAGUGCCCAAGGAGCUAAGAUCGAAGACUCCUGUCAGGGUUGGGGCUACUGCAGGCUUGAGGGCAUUGGGUGCUGAGGCAUCUGAGAGAAUUUUGGAUGCAGUGAGGACUCUUAUGAAAGACAGGAGUACCCUGAAAUCUGAGGCAGAUGGAGUAACUGUUCUGGAUGGUUCUCAAGAAGGUUCUUAUGAAUGGGUUACAAUAAACUACCUAUUAGGAAAAUUGAGCGGAUCAUAUUCUGAUACAGUUGGAGUGGUUGAUCUUGGUGGAGGAUCUGUUCAAAUGGCAUAUGCUAUCUCAAAGAUGGACGCUGAAAAGGCUCCAAGGGUAUCAGAUGGAGAGGAUUCAUAUAUAAAAGAAAUGCGUCUGAUGGGUUCUGACUAUUACCUCUAUGUUCACAGUUACCUUCACUAUGGUUUAUUAGCAGCUCGAGCAGAAAUUUUAAAGGUUUCUGAAGGCUCUGAUAAUGCAUGUAUCUUGGCUGGUUAUGAUGGGGUUUAUAAAUACGGAGGAGUGGAGUAUAAAGCAUCAGCUGCUGCUUCUGGUUCAAGUUUUGAAGGAUGCAGGAGUCUUGCUUUGAAGGCUCUCAGAGUUAAUGAUUCAGCAUGCACGCAUAUGAAAUGCACAUUUGGUGGAGUAUGGAAUGGUGGAGGCGGGGAUGGACAAAAAAAUUUGUUUGUUGCUUCAUUUUUUUUCGAUAGGGCUGCUGAGGCUGGUUUUAUUGAUCCCGCUCUACCUGUUGCGCAAGUUAAUCCCUCUGAUUUUAAGGAGGCAGCUAAGCGCGCUUGUGAAACUAAACUUGAGGAUGCAAAAUCUGCAUAUCAACGUGUCGAGGAGGGUAACUUGCCAUACUUGUGUAUGGAUCUUGUCUACCAGUACACAUUGCUUGUAGAUGGAUUUGCUCUUGAACCUUGGCAAGAUAUUACAUUGGUGAAGAAGGUAAAGUACAGGGAUUCCCUUGUUGAAGCUGCAUGGCCACUGGGCAGUGCCAUAGAGGCCGUGUCAACAUCACCGUGACUCUAAAUUACAUCUGCUUAAUCGGCAAGUGAAAAUUCAGUGGGAUUGGCACAUGUUCCUUGUUCCUUGCAUCUGCAUCUACAGAGUUUAUUAUUCUUGAGAAGUCACCAGGCACAUGAAAUGGAAAUUGGAUUUUGGCCCAUAUAAUAGGAAUAACGAGAAAGGAAUAGCUCCAUUUAUCAUCAUUUGUAAUUACCUUACAAAAUCUUGUGAUUUAUGACUUUGAGAGAGUGAUUCGAUUCAAUUACUUCA